AUGACACUUUAUCUUCAAGGUUGUCUGACGGAGGACGGGGAGAGCAUCUUGUGUCCCUUGUCAUCCAGUGUUAUCUUGUUCUUUAUCCGCUACUGUCAGACCAAUCAGUUUGAGCUUGUGUUUGUUCCAGACAGUGCUGGCAGUAUCAAUAUGUGCUGCUCUUUCCAGAGAAAUAUACUCUCAGGGCUGUCUGUGAGGUUCACCCCAUGGACUGAGGUUCCCAGUGUGGUCAGAAAUGUUUUGCCGCCAUCCCUGCAUCAGCCAGAGCUGUCUCUUGUGCGAUCAGGCAUGUGUGUGUUGCUGCGUCACAUAAUCAGAGAGUCGGACACCUUCUCACCCGAUCUCCAUUUGAUUGAUCUGCUGGGCUUUCGACAAGGCAGCAUGCGGAUGUGUUCAGAGGUGUCAGGUUUCACCAAGCUGUGUGAAGUGGAGCUCCCGGAUUCUGUAUCACAGUUUGUUUCUACACUCAGGACUCUGUUCCUAGAAAAAGCAGAUGGUGGUGAGAGUUCUGGGUCAAGGCAAGUCAUCCUUCCAAGUGCCUUAAUCAAACUUGAUGACCACUUUCGCAAGAAUUGCAGAGUCCACAAUGACAACAAGAGACGGCGAGAGGAACUGUCUAAACUAAAAAACUAUCUCAGAAAGGUCUCUUCCAGUAAAGUAACAAAUGCCACUAAUAUUCCACUGUAUAACAUCGCGGGAAGAGACCCAAUGUUUAUUGAAACUUGUGAAGAACAACUGAGUUUACAGAAAUGUCUGUCACUUGAGGAUAGUUGCUGCAAAUCAAGCGAACAUUCCACAGACCUCUGCCCAAAUGAAGAAUCAUUCAAUAUCAGAUUAGACGUGCUGUCACAGACAGAUUCUUGGCUGCAGAUAGAUCAUGUGACGCAGCUGCACCACGGCAUCCAUAGACUGAAAGUGGAUAAACAUUUUGACGUUUCAUCUGUGAGACUGAAUGCAGGAAAUGAUGGUGCUGGUAAGACAAUACAGGACUGGCAGAAGGUAGAGUUUACUACUGUGAUGACUGCAUCAGGCUGCCUGAAGGGUUCAAACAGGAACUCAACAUUCAAUGCUGCGGUACUAACAGAUAUCUCAGAACUGGUUGACCAGCUAACACACCUUGAUAUUCAGUACGAACAUACAUAUUCUGAGGGAGUGGAGAUGACCCUGGCAGAUCUGAUUCUGUAUGUCUAUACAUACCAUCUGCUGGAAGCUCUACAUUUCAGAAGUGCCCUAUUGGUUGACCACAUACCUAGCGUUCUUCACUGGGUUGAUCACAUGACUUCCUUAGCAACAGUCGUCAAAGCAGGUCAAAGAUCAGGGUGGGACAUGGAGAGACUUCUUGUUGGACUAGGCACAGGUUUGACUAAAGAUGGCACAGACAAGAUCUCUGGUUGUUUGAAUCACAGCAGGGAGAUUGUGUUUGUGAAAGAGCCUGAACUUCCGCAAGAUGCAGAGGAGGAUGAAAUGGAACUGAGUCGCUGUGCCAGAAUGAAACACAAGGCUCUGAAACCAGAUGUCACCGAGGCUCUGCAGAAAUUUGAGCUGGCUAAUCUCAGGCCAGUGAUAGGGAGCCACCCAUGUGGAGCUGAUGUUGGGAUCACCUGGGACCAUCUGCCUGCAGGGGUCCACCCCAGAGAAGGUGAUGUCCCCAAGAGCCGGACAGAGAGGAAGUGUCAGCAGCUGGAAAACCUGGUCACGGCUGUGCAGACGUUGUACACACCUGGCGAUGUCCUUGUCGACUUCUGUAGUGGAGGGGGACAUUUGGGCAUCAUAUUGGCUUACUUGUUGCCAGAUUGCCAGGUGUAUCUGGUAGAGAACAAAGAGGAGUCGCUACUGAAGGCCUGUUCCAGGCUUCAUGCUCUAGCACUCACAAACGUCACCAUGUACCAGUGUAAUCUGGACUACUUUAUCGGAACAUUUGAUGUGGGGGUUUGCCUGCAUGCCUGUGGAUCUGCCACUGACAUGGUCUUACAACUGUGCCUUGACUGCCAGGCCUCGUUUGUCAUCUGUCCCUGUUGCUAUGGCAGCAUCCAGAAAACACACUUGUUGUCUUACCCUCAAAGCCAGCAGUUUGUGGAUGCAGGCAUCUCAUACAAGGACUUCUUGACUCUAGGACAUGCAGCAGAUCAGACAGAGUUCAACAUUGCUUUAGAGGCACAAGGUCGGCUGUGUAUGAAUCUGGUGGAUACCGACAGGGCCGAGCAUGCCCGAGAGGUGGGCUACUUGGUGACCCUGUGCAUGUUGACGCCGCCAGCUUGCUCUCCGAAGAACAAUCUUUUGCUUGGGACAACACGUCAGCGGUGA